CUGGGUCUCCUCUCUCUGCCUCCCUCUUGUGAGGACGCUGGCCAUCGGAUUUAGGGCCCACCAGAUAAUCCAGGAGGAUCUCAUCUCAAGACCCUCAAUCACAUCUGCAAAUACCCUUUUUCCAAGUAAGGUCACAUCUGCAGGUUCUGGGGCUCCGGACAUGGACACAUUUGGGGGGACACCAUCCAGUCCUAUUGUGCCUCAUGGGACCUGUUGGCCUCUGUGUUUCGGGAGAGCAAGGUGCUCGUCCAGGCCAAGGUGCUUGGGGUGCAGGGGCACCGAGUGUCCCAAAUGAGCGGAGCGUUCGUCACAGAGUCUCCCCUCAGCUGCGGCCACUCCGCUCACAACCUGGAGCUCAGUGGGAUUCCCUCCCCCUCGGCUGCGGCCACACCCCACUCCUGGGAGCUGUGCUGAGAGCCGACACCGGGGGCCAUUCCUCCUGUCCCAGGCCCCCCUCUGACCCUGCCCGUUUCUGACCCUGUUUCAGUGCGGAAGCCGCGCUAUGUCAGACGCGAGCGGCCUUUGGACAGGGACACAGGCCCCACUGCCAUCUCCUCGGUGGAGGCCCGGGUCAGCAACGUCUGACCCGGGGACCCACCCACAACUCUGCACACCGCCUCGGAGAGAGCCCAGCACACAGAGGGCAGGUCUGGACACGGCCCCUGGCUCAGCUUGACCGUCUCCCAGCGACAGAUGCUCGGUUGGAACCCGCCCAGCUGCUGGAAGCACUAGGAGAAUCACUGAAAGCCGGAAGAGGUCAGAGGCCAGCAAGAGGAAGCACUCCAGCAGCAUUAGGAGCCUGCCAGGGUGAGGACAGGAGGCCAGCCAAUCCCGGAGGCCCCAGGCCACGCCCCUGGCCUGCAUGACCUCGAGUGUAUAAAUACACCUGCCAGGAGUCCACACCCAGAGAACUCACACCUGCUCAGACGGUGCUCUGCAUCUGGAAGAGCACACACGCUCCCCCGAGCCCCACCUGCCUGGGAUAGAGAAGAGGGCACGCUUGCCAGACCAGUGCCACCAGGACAGCUGCUGGCAGCCUCUUCCGUAGGGGGACGCCUGCCAGGUGGAGCACGGGCCGGCCCUGCUGGGCAGGAGGGCUCAGGGCCUGGCCGUGGCCCAGCCAAGAGGAUCAUGCCCAGCCCUUGCUGAACCCCGGCCACCAGGUAAGGCCAGCUCGGCUGGCACUCACCCCUCACUGGUACAGGCUCAGGGUGGGGUGCCUCUGAGGAGGGCCGGGACCUCAGUGCCAAGGAACUGAUCGUGCGGGGGCACGCCGGCCUGGAAGAGGUUAGCCCGCGGUCCCCUCCCAGACCAUGCCGAGGCUGCCGCCGUCCCCAAAAUGUGGUGACGUUUCAUGUUGCAAUGCUGGGAGCACUCGUGACAUCACGGUGACCUCACCAUGAUUCACGGUGGUCACGGUCAUCAUGCAGCAACACCCAAACCUUCAGGACACAUCACCACAGAGUCAUUCCGCUGGUCCACCUGGAUGAACCGGCAAGUCAGGGUCAGGGGUCACGUUUGGGGGCGAGGGGGAUUCCUUCUGAGCUCCAUGGGGUCUGUCCACUGUCCUCCUUGCCUUUCCUCCUCCAGGCAGGGCCCUGGGCAGCAGGCAGGUCACCUGAGUCCUCCCCGGUGAACAGAGGCCCGGUCUGCUGUGGAAGUGGGAGUCAGGAGGCUCAGGAGGGUGGCGGCUGUGUGCCUACGGGACCCUGCAGGGGGCCGGGUUAUCCUGGAGGAUGGCUGGGGCCCCUCCACCUCUGGCUCCCGGGCUGAGGUGCAUUUCCAGGUCCCGAGGGCCAGCAGAAAGCCCUCGUCACCAGCCGGACAUGCUGGCCCUACCGGUUCGGGCAAGGCUGGGAAACGAACCAUCCUUAGGACGCCGGCCCCCACCCCGGUGCCGCCGGCCCUGCUUGACUUCCCACAGCCUACCAGCUCAUCCUGGAGCCUAGACCGAGUCCGGACUCUCACCCAGUUGGGCCUGGCACCCUGCCCUCACGCACCUGCCCGAAAACUGGAUGUGUACCAACAAAUCAGAUCCCCGUGUCGGGAUCCAUGUUCAAACCCAUUUCGUCUGACCCAGAGUCACACUCUUCCAGCAAGAGCCCAGGCCCUGCCGACCUCUUGGCCAGGUGGCCCUGGCUGAGUCACUCCACCCUCUAAGGUGCCUUUUUUAUACCGUGGCUCUUGUGUCACGUGACCUGGGCCCAGUGUGGCAGAGCCCAGAUGUCAAUAGUAACGAUUGUGGGCCAUUGUCAUCAACUUCAUUUCUGCCCGGAUGGCGCAGCCAGGUAGGACAGGCCCCGUAGGUGGCGUCCGCUAAGCAGUCAGCACGAUGCCCUAGCGCGCACGGACUCCGUGGCCAGGCCAUCCGUGGGCCAGUCAGACCUGGAGCACCCCCACCCGCAGAUGCUCACCGUGACUCGGCAUGUGGGGGAGGGCAGGAUUACAACUUGAACAGGAAGACCUUGACUUGGGUAUGGGGCCUUUCUAGAGUGAGCCUAGCAGAGAUCUCUGGGGCCGGUGUGGGUGAGAGAGACACAGGGUGAAAAGCAGCAGACUGUGCAGGGAAGGGGCAGCCUGUGGUCACUCACAGCGCACUCCGUUCGUCCCACAGCUCGGAGGCAUGUCGUCAGGCCAGCAGGCGUGGCAUACGGCCAUGCUGGCCCCCGGUCGGACCAGCCCUGCAGCCACGGUGCCUGGGUCCCCCAGCUCAGCCAGCAGCCCCAGGUCCCCCAGCACCCCGAGCUCAGAGAAGGCGGCCUCCCCGCUGGAAUGCUCCAUCUGCUUCUCGGGCUACGACAACCUCUUCAAGACGCCGAAGGAGCUCUCCUGCACACACGUCUUCUGCCUGGAGUGCCUGGCACGGCUGGCGGCCGCCCAGCCAACCGGCCAGCCCGGCAGCGAGGCCGUGCCCUGCCCGUUCUGCCGGCAGCCUACGGCUGUGCCUGCCGCCGGGGCCCCCGCGCUGCGCACCAGCCGCCAGCUGCAGGCCAGGAUGCCGGCGCACCUGCGGCGGGAGGAGCCCGUGUGGCUGGAGGGCACGAAGCUGUGCUGCCGCCCACCGCCCUCCGCGCCGGGCCUUCCCGAGCCCGGCUUCGUGUGUGUGGACGUGGGCCUGAGCAAGCCCGCCCAGCCCGCCGCACCCACGCCCACUCCAGACCCCGCGCGCCACCGGGGCCGCCUGGCCCGCUGCUGGGCCCGCUGCAGGAACUGGAGGCGGGUGGCGCUGGUCACAGCCCUGCUGCUGGUGCUCUCCUGUGUGGUGCUCUGGCCCGUGCAGUGCGCGCUCAAGACUGGGAACUUGCACUGCCUUCCUCAGCCCUCCGCGGCCACGGCCACGGCCACGGCCACGGCCACCGCUUUCUCUUCUGGGCCCCUGGCUGACACCUAGGGUCAGCCACCCCUGCCCCAGCUGCCCGCGUGGGUCCCUUGCCCCCCGCUGGGUCACAGGUGCAGCAGCUCUUGGGAGUUGGUCCCCUGGAGGAGCCCCAACAUCUCUGAGGACCCCAUUUCCCAUUCGACUCACCUUCCUUGCACUCUGUGGUGCUGGGUCCCGACGGCAUGAAUAAAAGGGUCCCCGAAGCCUCCAAGAAUCACAGGCUCCCACAGAUCCCAGAGCCCACCUUCCUCUUUCCCAGGGUGCAGAUGGAGACCCGGGCCCAGGAGAGACGGCCUUGGUCAGGUCCCUCCCUCUACGCGGUGAACCGCCUGCAGUGGGAGCCCUUGGCUGAGAAGGGAGGGGACUCGCCAUCUUUAUUUUCACAUUUCACCCAUGGCCCCUUCCCCAGGCAGGGCUGGCCCCUUCCAUUGUGCGGGAAGUGGGGAGGGCGGGGGGGGGGGUGGCGACCAGGGGGACAGAGGGCAACAGCAAGAGGCCGGGUCCCCCGGUGCCCACCCCCCUCUCCUAAACUGUACAUUUUUAAAUAAAUUAUUUUGUAUCCACA